AUGAACAGCGUCGUCCGCGUCCUGGGCCGUCUCGGCGCCACGAAGGCAGCCCCUCCCGCGCGCCUCCUCUCGGGCGUCGCCCGCCACGGCCCCUCCAUGGACACGCUCUGGAACGUCGGUUCCUUCCCGAUCAUGGCCUCGGCCAAGCCGGCCAUGAUGCUCUCGACUCACGAGAUGCUCCUCCACGUGUCCAACCCGGCGCUCGACGUCUUCUACCCGUCGCUGUCGGAGCUCAUCACGGACAUGGGCGAACAGGUCGAGUACCACGCCGAUAGCGUGCUCAAGAAGCGACGAAAAAAGAUGAACAAGCACAAGCACAAGAAGCGCGUCAAGGCGCUCCGCGAUAGAACCAAGAAGAAUUAG